GCAUGAAUUAUUAAAAUAAUAGUGAUGCCCUCAUUUUUUAAUAAUCCUGCUGCAUCCUUUCUUUAUAUUUUAUAAACAAUUAAGCAUAUUGAAGGAAAAUUGAAAUGAGUGAUCCUCAUCAUCAACUAAAAAAUUCUCUCAAUUAUUUUCAACAUACAAGCAAUACAGAAAAUAGUAUAGAUCCUAUUGAAAGCAACAGUAGUACAACCUACUCGAUCAAUAUUGAAAACCCUUUAGAGUCAACAAAGCGAACAUCCUUUUCUAUAGCAAAAUCAGAUGAAAGUAAUCAAUUACCCAAUAGAUUGCCUACAAGAGAUACAUUAGCAACAUCUUCAACACCAUCACCACCACAACAAAAGAACCCGAGUAUUCUUCAAAGACUUAUUGAUAAAGCUAAACUCCCUGAAUUUCACCAAAUGAGGAAAACAAUAAAAGCAUCAUUUGCUUUACUAAUAGCGAUGGUUUUUAUUUUUGACUAUCAUACAAGAAAAGUAGUGAGCAGUAGUGUAUUGCUUGUGGGCAUCGUUACUAUUUUCUAUUUUCCUGUUAGAACAAUAGGUAUUCAAACUGAAGUAAGGCAUUUUUAUCUCCCUACGUAUAUAUUUCAAUUUAAAAUCUAAUAGAAAUUAGGCAGUCCUUUUAGGCACUCUAGGUGGUGGACUAGCAUCAGGCUGGAGUUUAUUAGGUAAAUCUUUUAAAAUAUACAUCAAUAUAAAAAGAUUUAAACUUACAAGAAAAUGAUUAAUAAUGUCU